CAACAAAUGACCGCUACCUUAUGAACACCCGGACUUUUCAAGGGCGAGUUCCCGGCCACUCACGGGAGCCGCACUGCGGUCUUUGAUUUUUCGUCCCGGUAAUGUCCGUCGAAGUCGACGGCGAAGGAGGCGGUGGCGCCGCCUCCUUCCGGACUUUUCGUUCCCUUAUCGAGAGUGCCGACCGGAAGUUCGCACGAGUCCGCGACCUCCCUCCAUACGGCCGCGGCCCUAUCCACAUCGUCUACUACCGCAAGGUUUUUAAAGCCUACACCCGUCUCUGGAGAUUCCAGCAGGAGCAUCGCCGGGAUCUUGUUGCUGCCGGCCUUAAGCGGUGGGAGAUUGGCGAGAUCGCCUCGCGCAUCGGCCAACUCUACUAUGGUCAGUACCUACGAACCAGUGAGGCGAGGUUCCUCCUGGAGUCUUACAUCUUCUACGAGGCCAUACUCAGCCGCAGAUACUUCGAGCCACCGUUGGCCACGGGGGCGGAUCUAGGGCUGAGGUACAAGGAACUGAGGUUUCAUGCUCGGUUCCUCCUUGUUGCGUUGCUGCUUAAUAGAAAGGAUGUGGCCCUGAAUUUGGCUGAGAGGUUUAGGACUCUAGUGGAGGACAGCAAAUCAGUUUUCCGGGAGACUAAUUUUAAAGAAUGGAAGCAAGUGCUGCAAGAAACUUUCAGGUUUUUGAAAGCUGAAGCAUCAUUUACAAAUGCCAGGCCUCUGAGAUACAGUUUAUUGUUUGAUGCCCAUCCUUCUUCGCUUCCAUAUAUUGCACGCUUACACAAACGAAGAGUAUUGAAGCUUCAAGAUGCUUUGUUGACAAGCUAUCGGAGAACUGAGAUCAAAAUCACAGAGCUUACUCUUGAUAGUUAUAGAAUGAUCCAGUGUUUGGAGUGGGAACCCAGUGGAUCAUUCUACCAAGUGGCUACUACAGAAUCGAGUGAUAACGGUGGUUGUAGUGAUCAAAGUGGUGCUUCUGGGUUGAUUGAUAUCAACCUUUUUGCAGACAUGACAGAUCCAUCUCUGCCCCCAAAUCCUCGCAAAGCUGUUAUCUAUCAUCCUUCAGUUUCUCAUUUGAUGACGGUAAUUUCAACGAUAUGUGAAGAACUCUCUUCCGACAGCAUUUUGCUAAUAUAUGUCUCUGCAUCAGGAAAACCAGAUCAGAGCAUUCCUUCUGAAAAGAAUUCUUCUCAUUUAAAGCCCAUUUCUCAAGAUUCCUAUAAGAAUGGUGGUUCUCUCCAUCAAGCUCCUGUUUAUUCCUGGGUAAAUUCUAGUGAUUACUCCGAAGGUUGUGUAUGCCUAGGUUCAAGAGGAAGUGGAGGAGUAAACAAUUUAUACCCAGACGAUUUAAUCCCUUUUACACGGAAGCCCCUUUUCAUUAUUAUUGAUAGUGAAAAUAGCCAUUCAUUCAAGAAAAUUCAUGGUUCUGAAAGGGGCGAAGCAGCUGCCUUGCUUCUUUCACCGAGGAGACCUUCAUCAGUAUCUGAUGUCGAUGUUGCAACUUCCGGAAGUCAGUUUACAUACUUUCUUACUGCUCCACUGCUUGCUUUUAUCCAACUAGUGGGACUUAAGUCAGACAUUGAUGUUGAUGUAUGUAGCAGUGCAGAGUCCAUUCUUUCAUCGGCCAUAGCUGAGUGGGAAGUAAUUCUCUGCACGUCAGAAAGCCUGGAUCAGGUUUGGGCUCAAGUUCUACCAGAUCCUUUUCUUAGGCGGCUGAUCCUUAGGUUUAUAUUCUGCCGGGCUGCACUUUCUCUCCUUGGCACACCUAGGAAGGAGAGUGGGCAUUUACCUGAUUGCCUGCCAAGCCUCCCAGAGGCUGUCUCUCCAGAGUCACUAUCAAUUCAAUCACACAUUUUGAAGCUCACGGAGACCCUUGGGGUUAUUAACCAUUUUGAAUUCUCUGAUGAUAUAAAGGGCUCAGCUCACAGAAGAUGAUUAGUAUUAAAUAUAUUCCCACCUGUUGAUAUAUAGCAUCAUGGGAGUUCACCGAUUUAAAACUUUUGUUGAUUACAUUUCGCGCAGAUGCAGAGGUGGGGGCUAUGAUCCGUAUGUUCUGCUGUGGUUGAGAUGGAAGAAACCAACCAACUGCUGUCAUGUAAUGAAGAUGGCUGCCAGAUUGUAUUAUUCUUUUUACAUCUCUCAAUUUUUGACUCUCCGAAAGAGACGUUUGUUUCAGAUAUGGAGGCCCUCACUGAAAUGAUUAGCUUAGUUGCUAUGUAAUUAUGCUGUAGCGUCGAUAUACAUUAUUUAUUAGGAGGGAUGUCCGCGGCAUCAUCAUGGCUCACAUUCGUAUCAUUGACAAUUCAGGAUUGUGUAAUCAGAGGGAGAGGUUGAAAAAAAUCUGAGAAAAAAAUUAUUUCCUUUAUCUCAGCUAUCGGUAUUCCUUUGUCAGAUUUUUUUUUUCUUUUAUCUUUCUGUUUGCAUGUAAAUAUUAAUUUAUGCAACAUCUACUUGAUGCUUUUUUCUCCCUAGGGCUGCAGAUGAAGGGCGUCGUCGCUUUAACUUGCAAGUGGUUUUUAUGUCCUAUUGAUGUUGUGUCAUCAACGUAGCACUUAGGCGUCGAGCAUUUGAAUCUUUUUUAUGUAAUUAAUUUUCUUGCUGUUCUCAUGUAAUGCAUGGGGGAAGACCAUUUUUUUUUUUUUUUUGUUUUUCUUGGGGAGAAUUUUCAUAUUGAUGUUAUGUUAUCACUUUUUUUUAUUUAAGAAGCGUAGUG